AUGCGCUCAGGUUGGCCCACCGCUCAACCCGAAGCCCUUCCUCUCCAAGCUGGCGGGGCAGAGCGUCAUGGUGAAGCUGAAAUGGGGGAUGGAAUACAAGGGUUGGUGGCAGUGACGGCCUACAUGAACAUCGAGCUCGACGGCGCCGAGGAAUGGGAGAACGGCGUGCUGAAGGGGAAGUUGGGCGGCAACAUCCUGAUCCGCUGCAACAACAUGCUCUACAUCAGAGCUGCCGACCCUACGAGCGCUUAA